CUCUCUCUCUCCUCCUUUUCCCCAAUAAGGCAACUGCUCGCCGCCACCGCCGCCGCCGCCGCAGCCGCAGCAGCAUCGUCUCUCUCCCCGCCGCUCCGGCUCAUCCUCCCCCUUCCCUAUGGCGGGCGGCGACAGCGCGGCGGUGUCGGCGGUGGAGGGGAGGCUGUCGGAGCUCUCCACCAACAGCGGCGAGAAGGGGCUCCCCAGGAGGGGCAAGUCUUCAUCAGGAAGGACUUUAAACACUGCACAGAUUCAACUCGUUGCAAGCCAUCCAGAGGUGUAUGAACCAUGUGAUGAUUCCUUCACCCUUGUUGAUGCGCUUCUUUCUGACAAAGCACAACUUUUGACACUAAAGCCAAGAUUAUGCAUGGAGAUAGGAUGUGGCAGUGGCUAUGUCAUCACCUCUCUAGCCAUCAUGCUCAGGCAGUUAGGUUCAGGAACCCAGUACCUAGCAACUGAUAUCAACAAACAUGCUGUGGAGACAACUCAGGCAACCCUUGAAGCCCAUGGCGUCCAUGCAGAUGUGAUUGCUACUGAUAUUGUGUCAGGUCUUGAGAAACGCCUUCAUGGUUUGGUUGAUGUUGUUGUUGUGAACCCUCCUUACGUACCUACACCUGAGGAAGAAAUUGAGUGCAACGGCAUUGCUUCAUCUUGGGCUGGAGGUUUAAAUGGGCGCCAAGUGAUUGAUCGGAUCCUUCCUGCUGUGCGUGAGCUGCUAUCAGAAAGAGGAUGGCUGUACAUGAUUGCUCUUGAAGAUAAUGAUCCUUUGGAUAUAUGCCAUUUGAUGAAUGAGAAGGGUUAUGCAUCACGAGUUCUCUUGAAGAGAUGCACCGAAGAAGAAAGCCUUUAUGUUCUAAAGUUUUGGCAGGAUGCUGCCAGUGGCACAAAUGCUUCGCAUGCCGCUAGAUCACCACGCUCAGAAUCCUCAUGGCUUUCUCAGCUGCCUUUCAGAUCCCUUUGGCAUAAGAAUGCGUAGUAGCUGUUAGCCUUGUUGGUUUAUCCCAAGUUUCAAAAAGAUAGCAACAAGUUCUUUGCAACCAUCAGAUGGCAGCAGUAUCUGUAAACAUGUUUGAAAUGAGAUGCUGUUGUUGGUCUCUGACUCCUCUCAAAAGAGUGAAAGAAUCAGACUGACUUGGUGGACUUAGCUAUGAGUGAUCCUAUGGUCAAUCAGCAAUAAAGUUCCAGCCUUUUAUUUUUGUGGUUCGUUUUUCUUGGUGUGUAUAUUUGCUAGUCUGGAUUUCUUAUCUUGCUGCACAUGUAGUAUGGGUCAUGUUACUUUCGUAAUGAUUGGUAUAUCGGUAAACUAUAUGAGCGAAAAGAAUAUUCCGGCAAGCUUUUGGAACUAUAUAUCAAACUAGUUAC